AAGUUCGCAUACUUGAAAGCACCAUAUUUUGCCCCACGCAUCGCGCCGUCUAAACCACAAGAUAACCUUCCCUGCGUGCGCCGUGCAAGGUCGACACAUCACAAUACAACUUAAAAACCCAAACUUGUCGCAAACUGGUAUAUUGGUACUGAAAUCGUGCAGUUGAACGUCAGAUAUUUUCAAGCUCUGUGAAGCUGUUCCAGAAACAUCUUUUGCAACAUUUUGACUUUCUUAAAACUUUCAGCAAAACAAUUUUGGAGUUGCGACGUUAAUGAUGGCCUAAUGUGAUGCAAGAAGUGGUGCGUCUAUAGCUGGAGUUCGAAAUAAAUGAGACGUCAAUGGAUGGAAGUUUUGGUACAAUAAAAAGGAGUGCUUACGCCGAGAAAGCCAAGAUGUUUAUGUGUUGUUAUCGUAAGCCAACGUUCUCCUCCACCGAAAUGAUCAAGGAACUCUGACAAGACUUUUUGUUUGCGAUUAUCUUUAAUUUACUUUGCAGGACCACAGGAAAUACCGGAUACACAGCAACAUGUCGGAUUCUGCAUCGGUGAAUUCGAGUGGUAGCAGCGGUGGAGGGCUAUCGCAGCCUACGCCGACGUACAGCCGUCUGUUGGCCCUAAGCCUUCGGGGAGAAUGGGGCAGUGUAGAGACCCUGCUACGGGCCGUGGAGAAGGGUGACCCAGAAAUAACAAUAACGGAUGAGGAAACUGGUGUGUCUCCGUUGAUGCUUGCUGUAAGGGAUAAUAAACUGGUGGUGGCAGAGAGACUCCUGGAACUUGGAGCUAAUAUCAAUGAAAAAGCUAAAGAUGGUCGAGCAGCGAUACACUUUGCGGCAGGCUCAGCUAAAGAUGACAUGAUGAAACUAAUGGUUCUCAAGAAAGCUGAUGCUACCAUUCACGGAGGGGAACUACACCAGCUUCCCUUACACAUAGCAGCAUCACGAAGCAGCGGAGGUCUUUCAUUGGUCCAGCAACUCCUACGCAUAUCAGGCAAAGAGGCGCGACUCGCUAGAGAUGCGGAUGGAUCUAUACCUCUCUUCUUGGCUGUUCUGGCAUCCAACAUCGCCGUUUGUAAAGAACUGCUUUCAAACUUCAAGGAAGAUCAGUUAAAACAUUCACGAGAUGAGGAUGGGGACACAGUCCUUCAUUUAGCCUGUAGAAAGAAAGAUCUAGAUAUCAUUAAAUUAUUCGUCGAUAAUGGAAGUCCUGUUGAUAUUCAAAAUCAAGAUGGCCAUACACCGCUUCAUAUAUCAGCCAUGUCUGGUGACGAGAAUGCCUUGAAAUACCUGUAUCAGAUGAAAGCUAAUCCAAAUAUCUAUGACAAGCUUGAUAGAUCGCCAUUGCAUAUAGCAGCUGAGAGUGGUAACACUGGAGUUGUUGAGCUCCUCGUUGAUAAAUUCAAAGCAAAUGUCUCUGCUCGAACAAAAGAUGGCAGCACACUCAUGCACAUUGCAUCCCAAUGUGGUCAUCCAGAGACUGCUCUGGCAUUUCUUAAGAAAGGAGUUCCUCUUCACAUGCCAAACAAGGCUGGUGCAGUUUGUCUACAUGCCGCUGCCAAGAGAGGGCACACUGGUGUUGUCAAGGCGCUGUUACAAAAGGGAGCAUCAGUCGAUGCUAGAACAAAGGAUAACUAUACAGCUCUUCAUAUAGCAGUCCAGCAUUGUAAACCACUGGUAGUUCAAACGUUGCUUGGCCAUGGGGCUCAGGUUCAACUAAAAGGAGGAAAGGCUGAAGAGACACCUCUCCAUAUAGCAGCCCGUAUCAAGGAAGGUGAGAAGGUAGCUGAGAUGUUACUCAAGAGCGGUGCUGAUGUCAAUGCUACUAUGACGAAUGGGGAGACAGCAAUGCAUAUAGCCUGUCGACAUGGGCACAUCAAGAUGCUACAGGCUUUAUUAGAAGAUGGAGCUGAUGCUGUCUGCUUAUCUAAGUCUGGUGAGAAUCCAAUCCAUAUAGCAGUGCGCCACUCCCACCAUCCCAUCGUAAAGUUACUCAUCGACUUCCUCCAUCAUGACAUGUCAAGAUUGGAUGCUAUCAUGGCUGUCAAUGAACAGAGUUCGGAAGGGGAAACCCCUCUUCAUUACGCUGCUGAGAUCACCCAAGAGAUGAUCCACUACCCUGGUGAAGAUGCUGAUAUCGUCAAACUGCUUCUUGAUUAUGAAUCUGACAUCAAUAUCAUCACAAAACUGACCCAUGAGACCCCGUUGCAUUACUGUGCCCGAGCCGGGAAUGCCAACAUCCUACUCAAAAUGGUGGAACACCUUGGACCGAACAUGACGCAACUAGCUGUUAAUAAACAAAGCAAGAAUGGUUGGUCACCAUUACUAGUUGCUGCUGAAGAAGGCCAUGAGGAGAGUGUAAGGAUACUACUACAGCAGAAUGCAAGAGUGGAUGUCUUUGAUGAGCAUGGUAAGGCAGCGCUUCAUCUAGCAGCUGAGAACGGCCAUCAAGUGGUAGCGGAUAUCAUGCUCUGGCAUAAAGCUUUUGUGAAUGCUAAGUCAAAGAUAGGGGUGACACCCCUUCAUCUAGCAGCUCAAAAUGGUCAUAAUGACUUGGUUAAUCUCCUCAUUCACAGUCAUGGGGCUGCUAUCGAUGCUCUCUCAUUGGCUAAGAGAACUGCUCUUCAUUUGGCUGCUCAAAACGGUAAACUACAAGUGUGUGAGACUCUGCUCAAGCUCAAAUCAGACUCCAAUGCUGCUGAUAUAAUCAAAAUAGACGACAUUCAUGGACAAACACCUCUCCAUCUAGCAGCAGAGAAUGACCAUGCUGAUAUUGUUAAACUAUUCCUUAAACAUAAGUCAGAACUUGUCUCAAUGGCUAAUUCUGAGGGUAAUACGUGUGCUCAUAUAGCAGCUUCCAAAGGGAGUGUUGCUGUCGUCAAGGAACUAUUGAGGUUCAACAGGAGCGGGGUGUGUGCUACCAAGAAUAAAACAAAUGACUCUACAGCCUUACACCUAGCAGCUGGUGGGGGACAUAAGGAGGUCGUAAGGGUUCUCUUAGAUCAUGGUGCAUCACCAACAGAAGAAAAUGCGGAUGGUAUGACAGUCAUCCAUCUAGCAGCUAGGAAUGGCCAUGUUGGAAUCCUAGAAGCGUUGAAAGGCAAGGUAUCGUGGAAGGCACCUAGCGUUAAGAUUGGUCUUACGGCUCUGCACAUUGCAGCUCAUCAUGGUCAGAUUGACUUUGUACGUGAAAUGCUUCUCAAGGUUCCUGCUACCAUCCGCAGCGAACCUGCCUCGGAACACUGCAGUAUCAAAGAAAUCUUUGCUCAAGACCAUGGUUUGACACCCCUCCACCUAGCUUCGCAUUCCGGCCAUGAAGGUUUGGUUCGUUUGUUACUCAACUCAACAGGAGUACAGCCAGACGUUCCUACAGCAAUACAGGGCACCAUACCUCUCCAUCUUGCUGCCCAGAAUGGUCACACUGCAGUUGUAGGUCUACUUCUCAGCAAGUCGACAACCCAACUACACGUCAAGGACAAGAGAGGGCGCACUGGUCUUCAUCAAGCUGCCGCUAAUGGUCACUAUGAUAUGGUGGCUCUACUUCUUGGUCAAGGUUCAGAUAUAAAUACUUGUGACAAGAAUGGAUGGACUGCUCUUCACUUUGCAUCUAAGGCUGGAUACCAAGAUGUAGUGACCUUACUGGUUGAGAGUGGGGCUUCCCCUAAAUUUGAGACCAAGGAUGGGAAAGUCCCUAUUUGUUUCUCUGCUAGUUCCAACCAUCAUGGUGUACUUAGCUACCUGAUGAAGAAAGAUCAUAAUACAACGCACCUCAUGGAUGAUAAGAAGUUUGUGUUUGAUUUGAUGGUCUGUGGUAGAUUCAACAACAAUGCCUCAGUCCGAGAGUUUGUUCUGCGAUCUCCAGCUCCCAUCGACACUGCGGUCAAGCUUGCCAAGAACUUUAGACAUCAAUCUACGAAGGAGAAAGAGAGGGCCAGGGAUCUUCUGGAGGCCUGUUCUUUUUGUGAGACGAUGGCUGUGGAUCUAAUCUCCAUUACAUCAAGUACCACUAGUCCUGGUGUCCUACUAAGGGCUGUGGAUGAAAGGAACAUUCCAUUUCUUGAUGUCCUCAUGGAAUGCCAGCAGAAGGAUGUUGUUGCUCACCCAUCAGUCCAGAAGUACCUCUCAGAUGUAUGGGUGGGUAAUCUCAACUGGGCCAGCUGGAAGAUAGUUCUACUCUUCUUUGUCCUGGUGAUAUUCCCUCCAAUUUGGGUCUUCUUCUCUCUCCCGCUGAAACACCGCUUCAACAAGCUUCCCAUCAUUAAGUUCAUGACGUACCUUGUCUCUCACAUCUAUCUCAUCAUCCUUCUCAUCCUUACGACUGUUAUUACGCCAUUCAUAGAGAGCUUCAUUGAAAACCCGAGUCUCGUACCAACCUGGUAUGAAUGGCUUCUUCUCCUGUGGCUCUCUGGGUUGUUGGUCACAGAGGUCACCAAUCCUGGAGACAGACAAGGGCUUGGUUGGAUACGUGUCAUCAUCCUGGCAUUUUCCUCUAUCGCCUGCAUGCUGCAUCUAGUGGCUUUACCGUUUGACGAUAACACCAAGCGACUGCUGGUCUACAUCCGCAACCAGUUCUUUGCCUGGUGCGUCCUCUUCUGCUUCGCCCACAUCCUUGAGUUCUUGUCCUUCCAUCAUCUGUUUGGUCCUUGGGCGAUCAUCAUCAGAGACCUUAUCAAGGAUCUUGUAAGGUUCAUGGUGAUCCUUCUCAUCUUCUUGGUAGGGUUCAUGCUUCAUCUUGCGGCCGUCUACCAACCAGUCUACCCUAAAGCAGCAAACAGCACCGCUGCGGACAAUGUCAUCCAGACCCCGGCAGACACCUUCGCCAUUCUUUUCUUCUCACUCUUUGGACUAGUCGAGCCCGAGGCCUUACCGGCCAUCACUCGGCAUCCGACCUUCACCUUGACUCUGAUAAAGAUUGUUUUUGGUACGUACCUGAUUGUGACUCUGAUUGUUCUGAUCAAUCUGCUCAUUGCUAUGAUGUCUGAUACCUACCAGCGUAUCCAGGCACAGUCCGACAAGGAGUGGAAGUACGGUAGAGCUCAGCUCAUCAGGAAAAUGAACAAGACCUCAGCGACACCAUCACCUCUUAAUCUCUUCACUAAGCUCUACUGGUAUAUCAAGGCAGCAAUUAAACACAAAGGUAAAAUCUGCUCAGCCCAAGUCCGAGAUCUGAUCAACGAAGAGGAGGAGCUUGAUGCGCUCUCAGAUUCCAAAUCAGUAGACAUGUUUGGCCAUUCCUCACAUUGGCUUCGGAAUGUUGUCAGGAGGAAUACUCAAGUCGCUCCUGAAGAUGGAUAUCUACGUCAGAACCAAAAUGACGGUCCAGUCAGGAUUGAGAACAUUGUGGACUGGGACUCUGUGGUCCAUCGCUAUCUGGCUAUCAAAGGUCAAGAAGAGGAUGGUGACCUUGGAAUGACCUUCGAUGAGAAGGAGAGGUCACAUGAUAGCAAAGUGACCAAUCAGAAUGAACAUACUCCAAAGACCAAUGGCAUCAAAGCUAAUCAUGUUGUAUGAGGUCGCAUGGUGGCGGUUAACCAAUCAUAAUAAUAGUUAUUUUUUUAAUAAGUCAACUUGGCGAGAUUAUGCAUCUCGCCAGCUCGACAAAUUGAUAGCACUUUAAAGCUUCCACACAGUCCCAUGCAUAGAGAGAACAUUUUUAUCCAUUGAUAUAGUUGCGCAAGGAGCCCAUAGCUUUAGCCAGGGCCCUUCACCAUCAAGGUCACUACUAGCAAAAUUACCCUAAUGUGAACAAAGCUAUUCUCCAGUGUGUUAUCCAAUCCAACAUAACAUUUAGUUAUUCCUGGAGAUGCCUACCUGAUAAUAAUUAUUUUCAUCCUUUUAUGGAUCCCUUGACAAGUAAAUGAACAAAAUAAAAUAGUUGUCAGAAGAGCUUCGAGCAGUUGAAAAAUUGAUUUGUUCAAAAUGAGCAAAGAAUAAUUUAUUUGUUUGGAUCAAGUGAUUUUUCUUAUAUCUAAUUCCUCCUCCUUUGCUCUCUCUCUCUUGCUCUUUUUCUUUCUCUCCCUUUUUUUGCUUGUAAAUUCUUUGAUCUGAACAAUAAGCAAAAACAGGUAGAAAAUAAGAAAAUGUUUUCAACAAAUGCAAAUUGAAUAUAUCAGGUGUGUAUGAGUGGAAUAAUUGAAAUGACAGAUGGUAAAUUUCACCAAGUAUUGUAUAACUAGGUCAUGAUUACAUUCAUGGAACAAAACAUAAUUAUGCAGGUAAAUGAUGGUUGUGAUGUUUAUUGAUUUAUGAUAAUAUGCUUGAUAUGAUCAUGAAUAUGCAUAAAUUUAUGCAAAUGAGAAGCUAUAAUUAUGCAUAGAAGAAAAUAUGCAAGAUUUAAUUUUGAUAUACAUAAUGUAAAAAGAAGGAUAUGCAAUAUUAUUUUUUUUGCAGCAGCAAAGUUUAUAUUUGUGCAUUUAUGAUUAUAACUACCAUGUCAUGUGUAGGAUCAAAUGUAUAAUAGAUAUUAUUCAGCUUUUGUAUCUAUCAAAAUAUUUACAUAUAUAUUGUAAUUGUAUGCUGCUUCUGUACCAGCUUUAUGUGAAACAAUAUGUGCUCUAUUUUUAUACAAGUUAUGUAAGCGUAGAAUAGGCAUGGCAAUGUAUAAUGUACUUUGUGUAAUUUAGAAGUAAUUAAGGUUUCUCAUGGGGAAUUAUGUGAUGGUAGCAUUUGGCAUCCAAUCAAUUUCCAAUUUGGCAUUUAAAAAUUCUUUCCUCAGAAAUUUAAUUCAGGAUUGUAGGUUCUUCCUCCAGUCAUGAAGUAACACUUCAGCAAGUUGUACAAGUUUAAUUUGCAGACAUACAACAUUGUCAAUUGAUGAAGUUUGAU